AUGGUGCACUCUGGAUUCGACUUCGAGGUGUUCGGCAAGGUGCAAGGCGUGUUCUUCAGAAAGCACACCGAGGAGAAGGCCAAAGAGCUGGGCCUGGUCGGUUGGGUCAUGAACACGCCCGAGGGCACGGUCGUGGGCCAGGCCCAGGGCGACCCCGCCGCACUGCAGACCCUGCGCAAGUGGUUGCAGGAGGAGGGAUCGCCCAAGUCGCGCAUCGACCGUUGCGAGUUCAAGAACGAGCGAGACGACCUGCCGGCACUCGAGUUCUCCUCGUUCGGGGUGAAGCGGCCCAGCCGGAAGAAGAGGGAGGAGAGCGCCAGCGGCAGCAGCGAGAAGCGCAAGAGCAGGGAGGUGGCUCCGUCGAAGGACGCCGGCGAGCGCAAGAAGAAGAAAGAAAAGACGAAGAAGGACAAAGAUGAAGAGAGCAGCAAAGUGAAGAAAGUGAAGAAAGAGAAGAAGAAGAAAACAAAGGAGUCUGCCUAA